UUUGCACGGGAAGAGGAGGGACUGGGGGCACCGGCUCCACCGCAGCUAGGCUGCUCCGUCUCGUGUUUAUCAGUGGCACAAAUUAACGCGUUAAAACAAUAGGUCGCGCGGUCUAACGACAAUCGUGCCAUUUUCUAAAGUCCGCCGCACCCGCUUUCGGCUCCCCGGUUUAGAUGCAAUCGGUGCACACAGAGUGUCCGUGAACUUUGCCGUGCUCGUCCCCCCUCCUCCUGCAGCCGUGGGGCAAUGUCCACUUCACUUUUAUUCAGUAACAUAAGAGUGUCUUUAGCGUGCGGCUGGGGACGCGGAGUGAAACACGCACUUUUCCGCCCGCCCGCAGUCCGGCCGCAGCCGCGUCGCUCCGUAAUAGACAUGUCGUACUCCAGUCACUUCAUGGAUUUUAAAGGCUCCUCGAUACCUAGCGCCAUGAAAAAGCUGUUGGUGACAAAGCUGAGCCAAAAAUUCAGGGACGCCGUAUCCUUGCAAACCGUUCCGGUCCCGACACCUGGCGACGGAGACUUACUGAUAAGAAAUCGAUUCAUUGGCAUCAACGCGUCCGACAUCAAUUACUCGGCGGGCCGCUACGACACCUCGGUCAAGCCGCCUUUCGACGUGGGGUUCGAGGGCAUCGGUGAGGUGGUGGGUGUGGGCCUGAGCGCCAGCGCACACUUCACCGUGGGCGACACCGUGGCCUACUUCGUGGAGGGCGCCUUCGCCGAGUACAGUGUGAUCCCCGCCAAGAAGGGCGUGCGCGUGCCGGCCAUAAAGCCGGAGUUCCUGGCGAUGUUGCUGAGCGGCGCCACUGCCCAUAUCGCGCUGAAGAAGCUGGGCGAGUUGACGGAGGGCCAGACGGUGCUGGUGACGGCGGCCGCCGGGGGCACCGGCCAGUUCGCCGUGCAGUUUGCCAAGGCGGCCGGCUGCCACGUCAUAGGCCUGUGCUCCUCUGACACGAAGGCCGGCUUCCUGAAGACCAUUGGCUGCGACAGACCCAUCAACUACCGCAAGGAGGACCUGCCGGAGGUCCUGCGCCAGGAAUACCCACGCGGAGUGGACGUGAUCUACGAAUCCGUCGGCGGCGAUGUCUUCGAUCUGGCCGUCAACAGCUUGGCCGUCAAGGGCCGGCUGAUCAUAAUCGGCUUCAUUUCCGGCUACCAGUCAGACCUGGGCCUCGCUCCGGUAAAAGCCGCCGCGCUCCCGGUCAAGCUGCUGAAGAAGUCCGCCAGCAUGCGCGGAUUCUUCCUGCCGCAUUACCUGUCCGACUAUGGGGAGGCGCUGGCGAGCAUGCUGAGCAUGUAUACCCGCGGCAAGUUGGUGUGCGAGAUCGACCGCGGGGACGCGGCUCCUGGGGGCAGGUUUGUGGGCCUGGAGUCUGUGUUUCGUGCCGUUGACCACAUGUACAGCGGGGGGAACCUCGGCAAGGUGGUGGUGGCACUCGGUCCGGAGGCCGAGAGCAAGCUGUGAGCGGGGAACUGAACAGCGCAGGGACAGCAGUGUCAACAGACACACGAGUAAAACCUCCCCAGUAUGAGUGAAUUGAAAGUGCCUGUUCUUCUCUGUACGGCUUAAAGUCAGCUUGUUGACUUUGACUGUUGAUUUAAUUUUGACUUUCCUGUUCAUUUACAUUGAAUUCUUACACAUCGUGAUAGUAAAACUCAAUAGAUUACAGAACAA